CUCUCUCUCUCUCUAUUUAAUAUCCGAUUUGCUUAUUUGAUAUCAGAGCGAGAAAAGAAAAAGAGAUCACGAAAUGUUUCGAGUAAGCAACUUCGUUGUGGGUCUAGCCAACACGUUAAUAAUGUUAGUGGGCGUGUCAGCCAUUGGUUAUUCGAUAUACAUGUUCGUUCACCAAGACGUGACCAAUUGUGAAACAGCGAUUCGGGCACCACUUCUCACAACCGGUGUCGUCCUCUUCGUGGUGUCGUUACUAGGAGUGAUAGGUUCUUGCUUCAAGGAGAAUCUCGCCAUGGUCUUGUACUUGAUCAUACUCAUUGCGGGCAUUGUUGCAUUAGUUGGCUUCUCGAUCUUUCUCUUCUUCGUGACGAACAAAGGAGCCGGUCGUGUGGUCUCUGGUCGAGGGUAUAGAGAGUACCAGACGGUUGAUUUCUCGACAUGGCUUAACAGUUUCGUCGGUGGGAAGAGAUGGGUUGGUGUAAGGUCUUGUUUGGCUGAAGCUAGCGUUUGUGAUGAUUUGAGUGAUGGUCCUGUCAGUCAGAUCGCUGAUGAGUUUUAUCACAAAAACUUGUCUCCACUCCAGUCUGGUUGUUGUAAGCCACCGUCAGAUUGCAACUUCGAGUUCAAAAACGCGACGUUUUGGAUACCACCAGCGAAAAACGAAACGGUUGUCGCGGCCAAUAACGGUGACUGCGGUGCAUGGAGUAACGUGCAAACGGAGUUAUGUUUUAACUGCAACGCAUGCAAAGCUGGAGUGUUGGCGAAUAUUAGAGAGAAGUGGAGGAACCUUUUGAUUUUCAACGUUUGUCUCAUCGUCCUACUCAUCACCGUCUAUUCAUGCGGUUGUUGUGCUCAUCGUAACAAUCGUAUGGCUAGGAAAAGUGGUUUUGUAUGAUCACUCACUUAUAUUUUUAUUUGUGUUUUUGCUUGUUCUAGUUAAUUAUCUUUUGGUUUCUUAGGAACAUUGUCGUCAUGUUUGUUUUCGACCAAUCAUCAUGAAUUUAUCACUUUUCACUUAUGUUUCGUAUAUUAAUCCUUUAUUUUGUAAGUAUCCAAAAAAUUACUACUUGAAUUUCCCUUCCUAU